AUACCUUUUUUGAGACUGCCAAGGUGGCUAAGCGCUGGGGGGAGUACUUUUGUGAACUCUUAAAUGCGGGAGGAGAGCAGAGGCUAGUUCUUGAUGAGCUGGGGCAGUCCGGGGCGUCUCGUGUAUAUUGCCGGCGCAUUUGCCUGGAAGAGGUGGUUCGGGCUCUCCGCGGGAUGCGUUGUGGGAGAGCUUUGGGACCAGAUGAGAUUCCGGUGGAGUUUUGGAAGCAUGCGGGUCAUGGUGCGUGGGUUUGGUUAACCAAACUCUUCAAUGUCAUCUUCCGGACAGCAAGGAUGCCGGAUGAGUGGAGGGAGAGCCUCUUGGUCCCCCUGUUUAAAGGCAAAGGUGACAUCCAGAGCUGCGAGAAUUACAGAGGCAUCAAACUGCUUAGCCACACCAUGAAGGUUUGGGAGCGAGUCAUUGAGUAUAGGGUGCGGAAAGGGGUAUGCAUCUCUGAGAACCAGUUUGGUUUCAUGCCUGGCAGAUCGACUACAGAGGCCAUUCACCUCGUGAGGAGGUUAAUGGAAGAGUAUAGGGCUAGGAAGAAGGACCUUCAUACGGUGUUCAUUGAUCUCGAGAAGGCGUACGAUAGGGUGCAAAGCGAGGUCUUAUGGAGGUGCCUUGAGACGAGAGGAGUUCCCAUCACGUACACUCGCGCGAUCAAGGAUAUGUACGAUGGGGCUAUGACUAGGGUAAGGACCUUCGGGGGCGACUCUGAGUCAUUCUCGGUAGGGAUGGGGUUGCACCAGGGGUCUGCCCUUAGCCCUUUUUUGUUCGCCUUGGUGAUGGACGUCCUAACUCAAGGUGUGCAAGAAGGGGUCCCAUGGUGCAUGCUUUUCGCAGAUGAUAUUGUGCUUAUCGACGAUACACGUGAGGGACUAAACGAUAAGUUGGAACGAUGGCGCCUUGCCCUUGAGACUAAAGGGUUCAGAAUAAGUAGGAACAAGACUGAAUACAUGGAGUGUCGUUUCAGCGGCAGGGAAACAGAAUCAGAGGUGGAAGUUAGGAUUGACUCUCACCUAGUACCUAAGUUAGACAGGUUUCGAUAUCUUGGCUCGAUUUCGCCCAGGAUGAAAGGCAAGUUCUACCGAUCCGUAGUCAGACCUGCUAUGUUAUAUGGGGCAGAGUGUUUGGCGGUUAAGAAGACUCAUGUGCGUCGUCUGCAUGCGGCGGAGAUGCGGAUGUUACGAUGGAUGUGUGGGAAGACAAGGUUGGAUAGGAUUUCGAACGAAGUUAUCCGACGUCAGGUAGGCAUGGCGCCGGUGGAAGAUAAAUUGCGGGAAGCGAGGUUGAGAUGGUUUGGUCAUGUGAGACGGCGGGAUGCUGACGCCCCUGUUGAGCCGGGGGUUUCUUGGAAACAGCCUCCCUGCUUCCGAGUAGGGGAAAGCGAGGAGUUUGAAUUCCAGCAUAACGGCAGUAAGGAUGUGGCAGAGGACCCGCCGUCGAGGCUGAUCGGCCAGUUUCUCAACAAACAGAGGGCGGCCGGGGGAGAGAUAUGUCUGGACAUGGACAUGGAAAUGGAUGAGUUGCGCGAUAGCAGCUCGGGUGCAUGUGCAUGUUCCCUCGUUAGUUUUCCUCCCCACGAACCCUAUUUCUCUAAUCGCUACAAAAGCAAUCGGAUCUCCGCAUCCAAAGAUCUCAAAGUUCAAUUCAUUGAAGAGAAUUCGGGAGAUUCAACGCCUCCCAACAGCAGAGUGGUCGAUAUCGCCCUCGAUCAUCACCAACAAAAUCAUUCUCCAUCAUCUUCGUCGUCAUCAUCUAAUGAUGACGACGAUGAUGAAGAGAUGAUGGAGCCGCCUCAACAACAAAAACAACAACGUAGUAGGAGAAGAACGUCAGGCAGCAUGACUUUCAGCUUUAACAACAACAAGAACGUUGUUGAGGGGAGUAGAGGAGGAGAUGGCCAUGUGGUGAAAUGCACCUCCUUCCAGAGGAGGGGCAGUUUCAUGGCGGGGAGAAGGAUGAUAAACAAAACAAAGUCAAGGCUAAUGGAUGACAUUGUGGUAGUCCCGGACGUGGUAGUUUCAGAGAAGAAGUCUGGGAGGAUAUUUGGGAAAUCAUCUGUUCAAACCAUGAGGUCUUCCGGACUGAUGAUGGGAAAGUCGCCCGAAGAGGAGGAAGACGAUCCUCUUUUGGACGACUUUGACAUCCCAGAGGAAUUCAAAAGUUCCAAGAUAGACGCGCUCACCCUGGCACAAUGGAUCAGCUUGGUGGUCAUUGUGACGUCUUUGGUAUGCACCCUUUGCUUCCCUAGCCUCAAGGCCUACAGAAUGAGGGGCCUGAGGCUCUGGAAGUGGGAGGUCCUCAUUCUGGUGUUGAUAUGCGGGAGGUUAGUAUCAGGAUGGGCCAUCAGGGUGGGCGUGUUUUUUAUCGAGAGGAACUUUCUACUGAGGAAGAGGCUGUUGUAUUUCGUGUAUGGGGUGAGGAAAGCGGUGCAGAACUGCAUGUGGCUGGGGCUGGUGCUCAUCGCGUGGCACUCCAUGUUUGAUAAGAAGGUGGAGGGGAACAACGACUUCCUCCAAUCUGUCAACAAGAUCAUGGUGUGCAUGCUAAUCGGCAUCACCCUUUGGCUACUCAAGACUCUCAUGGUUAAAGUACUGGCUUCUUCAUUCCACGUUAGCAAAUUCUUCGACCGUAUUCAGGAGUCGCUGUUCAACCAGUAUAUCAUCGAGGCUCUGUCGGGUCCCCCUUUGAACGAGAUACACAGCCAGCAGGAGGAGGAGGACAGGGCGAUGGCGGAGGUGUGGAAGCUUCAGGAUGCCGGGGCGAAGUUGCCCCCGGAGCUUAAAGCAUCUGCUUUUAAGCACCUAAAGAGCAACAACUUUAGCAGGGUGGUUGAUCACGGUGGUGGUGGUGGAGGGGCGACGCCAACAAAAAUCUCUGGCAUCAUAUCCACCAGAAGUGUGGCGGAGGAGGCAGAGGAGCAUGAGCAUCAUCAAGGGAUAACAAUUGAUUUUCUACAUAAGUUAAACCCGAGGAACAUUUCAGCAUGGAACAUGAAGAGGUUGGUGAAAAUGGUCCGGCACGGGGUGCUGUCUACGCUGGAUGAGCAAAUCCAUUGCACGGCACAGAAGUACGAAGCCAACCAGAUCAGGAGCGAGUGCGAGGCUAAAUUGGCUGCCAGGAAGAUAUUUCAUAAUGUGGCCAAGCCCAAGUCCAACUCCAUCUACUUGGACGACUUGAGGCGCUUCUUGCGACAAGAGGAAGCAGUGCAAGCCAUGAAUCUUCUGGGCGGAUCGCGCGAUUGCAGAAGGAUCAGAAAAGCGUCCCUUAAAAAUUGGGUGGUUAAUGUGUUCAGAGAAAGAAGAGCAUUAGCACUAACGUUGGACGACACAAAAACAGCGGUUAAAAAGUUGCACCAGAUGGUGACGGUGUUGGUGGCGGUCAUCAUUUUCCUCAUCAGCCUGGUAAUCCUAGGAUUUGUAACGGGAAGGGAUCUUAUGUACAUAAGCUCCCAGGUGGUCAUCGUGACAUUCAUUUUUGGGAACCAAUGCAAGAACGUGUUCGAGGCAAUCAUAUUCUUGUUCGUGAUGCAUCCGUUCGACGUGGGGGACAGAUGCGAGGUGGACGGAGUUGAGAUGGUGGUGGAAGAGAUGAACAUCUUGACAACUGUGUUCUUGAGGUACGACAAUCUGAAGGUACACUUCCCGAACAGCACGCUAGCAAUGCGGCCCAUAGGGAACUUCUACCGGAGCCCGGACAUGGGAGACUCAGUGGACUUCUUGGUCCACAUAGCGACGCCAAUGGACAAGAUAAAAGUGAUGAACCAGAGGAUAGUGAACUUUGUGGAAAGCAAGAAGGAGCACUGGUAUUCGUCCCCCAUGGUGGUGUUGAUGAACAUUGAGGAUAUGAACAAGCUGAAAAUGUCAGUGUUGCUGAGACACAAGAUGAACUUCCAAGACAUGGGAGAGAGGUGGCUGCGACGCGCUCAGCUGGUGGAUGAGAUGGUUAAAAUAUUCAAGGAGAUGGACAUAGACUACCGACUCUACCCUGUCGACAUUAACGUUCGGGCGAUGCCCACCAUUCAGUCCACCCGACACCCACCUAAGUGGCAGCCUCCCUCCAUCCCAGAUCCAUCCCAAAUGGAUGUUUAUCCGGGACCUAUUUCACGAGACGUUUUAGUUCUUGAAGGCGGAGUACAUAGACCACCUCGUGUUAUAGAGAUCUUACAAGAUUAUGGAUUUUAUGGGGUGGAGAAAGUGGGUGGAUUACAGUUAGAUUGGGCUCUGAUCACUUCUUUAGUGGAGAGAUGGAAACCCGAGACCCAUUCAUUCCAUCUUCCCUUUGGAGAGGUGGGAAUUACGCUACAAGAUGUUGAGGUUUUACUUGGAUUGCCCGUUGAUGGCAUUCCAUUGUCGGGGGGCACUAGUCGAUCAAGAGAUCAGUGGAUUCAGAUUUGUCAUGACACGAUGGGUUUUAGACCCGAACCUUCUGAUAUUACAUCUUCUACGAUUAAGAUAUCUGCAAUUGAUCCGAAGGCGCUGACAGAGCAUAGUGAUGAAGUUGAUUACCAACAGCAUGCUAGAGCUAUCAUGUUUAAGUUGAUGGGUGGCAGCUUAUUUCCCUACACGACGGGAAAUAAGAUUGGAGGGUGUCUUAUCCUCUUACAGCUUUGGGCAUGGGAACGUCUGCCUAUGACUAGACCUAGGGGCGUUGUACCAUUGGAGCAGUUGGUUAAUGUUCCAUAUGGAGUCAGUAGUGAUGUAAUUCAAGACGGAUUCCAAGGCGUGGAAUCUGUCUAUGGUAAAUUCCCCAGACAUCAAGCAGGGGUUUAUGUUGGUUCACGACCUCUCCCAAUCAACGACGAACCAACAUGGCGGCAUUUUUUACGAAAAGCAUCACGUGAAUACGAUGCAGUUGAAGUAUUCAUCGUGGUGUCUAAAAAUGUUGAGGAGGAAGUUGAGGUGGAAGAGGAUGGUUAUCCAUUCUUUCAGCAACCAAUGGAUCAGCCAUCUUCAUCCCAUUACGCUCAACACCUUGAUAGCGAUCCAGAUGAUGCUGAGUACGUUGCACCCUUAGAGGAAGAUGAAGGCUCUUCAGAAGAGGAAUAGGAUAUAUCAUCAGAUGAAGGAGACGAUGGAGACAACGAGGUUGCAAUGCCACAUUUAGAAGAAUUCCAACGACGCAAAACGCAUAGAUCUUUGCAACCAACCUUCCAUGUACCAAUUAUUGAGGUUGGUAAUACGUAUCCUUCUUUUCAAAGUUUACAAGAAGCUGUGUCAUUACGUAACAUUGCAAAGCAUAGACACUUUCGCACAGUUGCGAAAAGGAGUCGUUAUUGGAGAGCUAGUUGUGUAUACACCCCCCAAUGUACUUGGUUCAUCCAAGCCGCAGAGAAUGCAGGGACAAGUAUUUGGACCAUAAAGCAAUACCAGGGGU